AUGAAAGCUGACAUUCAAGAAUUGGAGGGAUUCAGCACUGUAGAGUUAGCAAGACUCUACCAGGGAUUGCAAGAAGGAGAACAGACGGCAGACGAUAUGGAAAAGAGGUUGGACUUGAUGGAAAAGAAAAUGGCCGAACUGCUUGAACAAGUUGAAGGGAUGCAGCAACUUGAAGUACGUCAAGAUUCAGAUUCGCGUGAUAACCAAAUCGAAAAGGAUAUGGAACGCACGGAUGAUAUAUGA